AUGCAGGCUACAUGCCUUCCGAGUCUUAUGAGGAACGGCCCAUCUACACUACCAAGCUGGACAUCUUCUCAUUCGGUCAUCUCAUCAUUCACACUGUUAUCGGUGAUUUCCCUAAAGUUAACAAGGUUACUCAAAGUCUUUACAACUAUUUCAACUGUUUCUGGGGAGCUCGUGUGUCGAAACACUGCUGUCCAUGGUGACAAAAUGGGGCAGAAACACGCUCUUUAUCCUCUUGUUGUUAGCUGCCUCCAUGACCGACCUCAACAGAGACCAUCAGUUGACGAAGUGGUUGUCUCACUCAGAAAGCUGUGUCUACAGCACCCCAGGAUGGCAUUUCUGGAUGCUUGUGAGACGGAUAAUGUGGGUGUGGUUCUGGAGCUACUGGAGUGUGGGGCUGAUCCCAACCAGGCAGACAAGGAUGGUGCAACUGCUCUUUACUGGGCCAGUAGGAAUGGACAUGAUGAGAUAGUGAGGGUCCUCUUAGCAGCCAAGGCUACAGUCAACACUCAGACUAAGUCGGGACAGACUCCUCUUUGGACAACAAGUUUCAGUGGUCACCAGAAAUGUAUGGAGCUCCUAAUCGAUGCUGGGGCCGAUGUUGAUGUACCCAAAGAUGUGAGUACUGGAGCCACUGCGUUGAUUGCAGCUGCUUGGAAUGGUCAUGUGAGGGCAGUGGAAUUAUUGAUUGCUGCAAAGGCUCAAGUGGACAUUCAACAUAAGGUGAGAUUUACUGCUUUUAAAAUUAUUUGGAUUUGCAAUAAUGUACAGUCGGGAGAGACUCCUCUUUGGGUAGCCAGUUUCAAAGGUCACCAGAAAUGUAUGGAGCUCCUAAUCGAUGCUGGGGCCAAUGUUGAUGUACCCAGAGAGGUUGCCACGGUCACAAGCCCAGUGAAGAAGACCCAUCCCCUGUAUCAUGAAAUGCAUCUCUAUAUACAACAAUUUGUUAGCUCUCACAUGAGGUCCCAAUUUGGUGUGAUCUGAUUGGCCUCUUCCAGCGCUUUAAUGAGGUCAUGUCGGAAGUAGGGCUCAAACACGACAUCAUCCUCCAGAAUCAGGAUUUGAUCCAGACCCUCCAUCAUCGAUCAUCUGGGGGGCAAGAGAGGUACAGUAAGACUUGUCUAUAUACUGGUCACCCUUGGACAGACCAACAGUGGCUAUGCUCAGUAGAAUUAAGUCUUUUCUAUUUUAUGAUUGCAUGCUGCUGCUUUAGGUGCAUAAAAUGUUAUAUGCAAAGGAAAAAGAAAAAGAAAAGUGAGUUUUUCAAUGCUUAUAAAGCAGCUGCUACAUUAGAAGAACAUCCAAGUGAUGGUGGAUCAGUAGAGGAUUCUUACUACUCUCUGCCAAAUUCAUCUCAAGGAGCAAAUCUGACUACAACUCCUGCCAAGAAGGAAUCACAAUCGUACGAGGCACUUGACAUAACGAGAGUUGACUACAUUAGUGUGUAUAGUGUAUCGAAUGAACUUAAAAACAAAACUUGAUUGUGUAAUCAUGUUCAUGCUAGUACUAUACUAGAUUCUAUGUAGACUUAAUUCUGUCAAUAAUGUAUUUGCAACUUCAAAUUCUCGAGUAUAUAUAUAGCACUAUAAUUAUGAUCCAACCUAGUUAGUUAGUCGUUCGUUUGCUAGAUCUAGUCCCUGACGAGAUAUCAAUUGUUCCGUAUAAUAGUUAAGAUGCAUGACUAGUCUAUUUUUGAUGACAAUUGCUUGUCUCUCCCUUUCCAUUGUAUGCUGCUACAAUGCGAUCUUCACACAGUUCUAAUGCUUGGUAGCAUGUGAACAGAAGCACUCAUACAAUGAGUGUGGUCUAUUGAGCAGCAUUGAAAUGAAACACAGCAGUAGAAGCCAAACAACAAUUGUUCGUUAGUGGGAUGAACAAAACGGAACAUCUAAGUGCAGUAGAGGAUCCACUAUAUAUAUAUACUCUCUCUGCCAAUCAUCUCAAGAAACAACCUAACUACUCCAUGCAUGGCCAGCCAAGAAAGAAUCACAAUUGUAAAGGAGGCACUUGACAAAAUGAAAGUGAACUACAUUAGGCCGAAUGAAAAACUUGAUUGCAUUCUAGUAUACUAGACUUAAUUCAGUGUUUUUUUAUGUGUAUAAUUAUGUAUAGACUUUUGUCAAUAAUUAUGUUGUCAUAAUCUUUUUUGUCCCAAGAACAUGCACCAAACAACAUUGUUUGGGUCUAUAUAGACUAAAGCAGUCAAUAUAAUUAGUAGUCAAUGUAGUUGCUAUUAUUAUAGUCGCUGAAUAUCAUGUUUAACUGCACCUGUAUUGUUUCAACUCUCGCAUGUGGGAAGAAAAAGCUUGUAUGCAUUGUAUAGUUUUCCUUUCCUAUAGCAUUUGCUCUUCUUCUCUAUUCCAUGGUUUAUAAAGCAAAAAUUGAGUAUACCUUCACUGUUUUGUGUUUUGUUUGUUCUAUACCACGGCUCCAAUCUCAUUAGCUGCAUUUUCAAAGAUUCAUUUUUACGGCUGUAAUUUAGAGCAGAUCAAAGCUUAAUUAGUCAAUUAGUAGGAAUUGUGUGUGUGGUGGGUUUGUGUUGCCAUGGAUACUUGGCGUGGCGAGUGUACAAUACUCAAUCCCGAACAACACAUUUAAAUAAUAAAGCAGCUGCUACAAUAAGCGGAACAAUUAGUGAUGGUGUACCAUUUGAGGAUCACUACCAUGCACUCAGUCUCUGCCAUCUUUAUCUCAAGUAACAAACCUGACCUAUACUACCCCAGUCAAGAAUUGAAUCACAGUCGUACGAGGCAAUUGACAUAACGAAAGUAAACUACAAUAGUAUGUACAUGCAUGUGUAGUAUACCGUUAAAAACAAAUGUUAUUAUUUAAACCUGAUUGUGUGUGAUCAUAAUCAUGUAUUCAUGCAUGCUGCUUGUACUAGACUAGAUUCUAGUGCGUUCAUGUAUAUGCAUAUAGACUUCUGUCCAUAAUGUGUCUGUUGUCAUAAUCUAUUUUGUCCCAAGAGAACAUGCAUGCAU